AUGACACAAGAAUCAUCUUCAUCUAAUCAUUAUGUAGAUGAAAGUAGUUUUGACAACAACAAUAAUAAUAAUAAUAAUGGAGGUGAAGGAAGUAGUAAUGAAAUUUUAAUUAGAAUACCAUUUCUACAUGACUCAGUGCCAGCAUUAUAUGCAAUGUUUGCGUUGGCAUCAUUGUUUGUAUUAUUGGCAACAAUAUUAUCAGCACAUUUAAUUUAUAAACAUUUAAAAUAUUAUACACAACCAGAUCAUCAACGUUAUAUUGUUAGAAUAGUAUUCAUGAUACCUAUUUAUGCUAUUUAUUCUUUAUUAUCUUUACUUUUACACAAUUAUCAAGUUUAUUUCGCUUUGUUAAGAGAUUGUUACGAAGCCUAUGUAUUAUAUAUGUUUUUUGCGUUAUGCGUUAGUUAUGGAGGAGGUGAUAAAAAUUUAGUUACACACUUUACUUCACAUCCUGUAAUGAGAUUGCCAAUGCCAUUGUUUUUCAAAUUUAAACCAAACGAAGCAUUUUUACAAGUUUGUAGAAUGGGAAUGUUACAAUAUGUUUUAGUUAGACCAGCAGUAACAUUAGCAUCAGCAAUAUUUGAAAUAUUUGGGUUAUAUGAUGAAGGUAGUUAUGCAAUCAAUAGAUUUUACUUUUAUAAUGCAUUCAUUAUCAAUGUUUCAGUAACUGUUGCAUUGUAUAUUGUUGUAUUAUUCUAUCAAGCAGCGGCUGAAGAAUUGGCACCCUAUAAACCAUUAUUAAAGUUUACAUCAAUUAAAAUCGUCGUAUUCUUUUGUUUUUGGCAAUCGAUUGCUAUCUCUGGUAUGACAAAUUUUGGUUGGAUUCCAACUCUUGAUGGUUGGAAUUCUGGUGAAGUUUCAACUGGUUUACAAAACUUUUUAAUUUGUUUUGAAAUGUUUGGAGUUGCAAUAUUACAUCAAUAUGCCUUCCCAUAUGAAUUAUAUAGGGUAAGAGCAUUUAGUGCAGCACCAUUAAUUCAUAGAGUUGAAAUGGGUACAGUAUUUAAGAGUGUAAUAAAUUCAGUAAGUCAAAAGGAUAUGGUAAAGGAAACUGUUAAAUCAUUUAAAGGAACAAAGAUUACAGAUGGUAAAACAGGUUUAUAUAGUGGUUUAAAAGAUGAAGUUUUCAAUGAAUUUGAUAUUGAAGAAAUUGAAAUGGGUGAUUUUACUUCUGCAAAUGAUAAUAAUAAUUUUGAUGAUUUCGAUUUUUCUGAAAAUAAUAUAAAUAGUAAUAACAAGGAUAAUAAUAGUAGUAUUUAUAAUGAUGGUGCUUCAAAAAAGAACCAUAUUGGUUCUGCAAUUUUAGCAGGUGGUGGUGGAGGAGGUAAAAAAGAUAAUGAUUUAAUUACUGAUGAUGAUUUCUUUUCAUUAAUGAAUAAUGAUUAUGCAAAUAUUGAUUUUAGUAAUUUCGAUCAAGAUGCUUUAGAAGAAAUGAAUUUUGAUGAUGAUGAUGAUGACAUGGCAUUCACUGCAAGAAGAUAA